CAUUUCAAUAAUAUCGUAAUACCACGGAGGGGGCAAAAAUAAUGAAAUGCAAAGAAGAUGCAUUAAAGUGCAAGGGUGUUUUAAUUGACCGAUCAAUAUAAAUAAUUGACGGUUUGCUGUUGUGGAAUCAGAGUAGCCUUAGAAGCCAAAGAUGAAAUUUAUCGUAUUAUCCGCCCUCCUUGGAGUAGCCUUGGCUGAUGUGGGGUACCUUCCCCCAAGAUUACCAGGAACCGGAGGUGGAUAUUCUGCUUUUCCUGCUGGAGGUAGCGGAUUUGGAGUAGGCUAUGGUGGAGGAGCAAAUAUACCAAUUCUAAGAUACGUAAAUAAUAACAAUGGAGAUGGAACUUAUAACUGGCUCUAUGAAACUGGUAAUGGAAUAAAUGCUGACGAAAGUGGUGAUGCUCGUGGUGAUGGAACAAAAGCUCGAGGACAGUUUUCCUAUACUGCUCCAGAUGGCCAAAGGAUCAGUCUUCAGUAUACUGCUGAUGAAAAUGGUUUUAGGCCUGUGGGAAGUCAUUUGCCUACACCACCACCAAUUCCAGAAGCUAUUCUCAGGUCGAUCGAAUACAAUAGAGCCCACCCUAAUGAAGAUGGCCAAUACAGACCUGGUCAAGAUGAUGGUGGCUUCGGAGGCUACAGAUAUUAAAGAUCUAUACAAGCUAGAUUGGACAUAUUAGUACAAGAAAAGACAUCUAGUGAAAUACAUAUUUGGUUAAAUUUAUUGUAUUUGUUAAUAAUUUUAUGUUUAUUUUAUAAUUAUUGCAAUGUGUACCUGUAAGGUAUCGAGAUUUUUUUUCAUAAUAAAUAUUUUAUUGUGA